AUGAGUCAACUGUGGGACGAGUUAGAACUAGAAGACGCCACUUUUGCCGAGUGCAGUAUCAACAACGCUAACCACAGCUUCCAAGUAAUAACGCCCAGCCGUUGUGUAGUGUUGUGCGCGGACAGCCGCAGCGAGAUGGAGUCGUGGGCAGGUGCGCUCCGGGGCGCUCUGCAUCGCGGCGCCGAUGUCGCCGACCUUGUCGCGCGCCUCUCCUCCGGUGAUCACCACUGGUAUGCAGCGACACACGCGCGGCCCACAUUCUGCAACGUAUGCCGGGAGCCUCUGGGAGCGCUUGGUACCGCUCACGCACUCGCUUGCGAACUCUGCAAAUAUAAAGCGCAUAAAAGGUGCGCAGCGCGAGCUCCGCCAUCUUGCAAAUGGAGCACACUCGCUUCACUGGGGCCGCAUCUAGUUGAAGAUGCCGAGGGGAACAUAAUAAUGCCGCACCAGUGGCUUGAGGGGAAUUUGCCGGUGGCAGCUAAAUGCGACAUCUGCGACAAGACAUGCGGCUCCGUGCUCCGACUUCAAGACUUCCGUUGCGUGUGGUGUCGCAAAUGCGUGCAUGCCAACUGCCGACCAGGUUGGCGGGCGACGUGCUCGCUGGGGCCAGCGCGCGCCUCUGUCGUGCCACCCACCAGGCUGCAUUCCGUCGGCCCGGACGAUGGCUGGCUACCCGACAGACCACCUAACGCUUCGCCUCUGAUUGUCUUCGUCAACUCAAGAUCUGGUGAUAAUCAAGGAAUUAAGUUCCUUCGGCGUUUCAAGCAGCUGCUGAAUCCUGCGCAGGUGUUUGAGCUAAGCGGAGCGGGGCCUCGGCUUGGGCUGAGGCUGUUUCGACACUUCGCCCCACUAAGGGUAUUGGUGUGCAGUGGAGAUGGCUCCGUGGGCUGGGUGCUACAAGAGAUUGACAAGUUGGACAUGCAUCGUCAAGUGCAAACGGCAGUGCUCCCGCUCGGCACGGGUAACGAUCUGGCUCGCGUGUUAGGCUGGGGCGCAUCCUGUGACGACGCUGCCAAUCUACAACAGCUGCUGGAGCGAUACGAGCGAGCAUCCACCAAGAUGUUGGAUCGGUGGUCGAUCAUGACGUUCGAGCGAGCACUGACUGCACCACCGCCGCCCCCUGUACCGCCUGAUCUGCUCGAUGAGUCCACGCUUCUAAAGAACUUGCAGGAUAUUAUGCAGGCGGGCGAGGUGAGCCCGGCGGCGAGCUCGGCGCUGCGCGCCGGCUGCCUGCGGCUGGCGGCGGCGGGUGAGCGCGCGGGCGGUAGCGCGGCGCGCGCGUCGCACCGGCUGCGGCGCGCGCUGUCGCUGCUCCUGCACGCGCGCACGCACCUUGCUCACGACCACACGCGCUGCAGGUCAUGGGAGCCGAUGGAGACAACCAGCGAUAGCGAGCCGGAAACUCAACCUGUUGCUGAGAAGGGCAUCAUCGAAAAGACUGAAAAGGAGCAGUUGAAUCUGGCGGCUCGCGGCUGCUCGCUGGCCGGCCGCGCCGAUAGCGUGCGCCGCGCGCUGCGCUCGCUCGUGCGGACGCUCGCACACCUCUGCCCGCAAGAGGCGGUUGACUGGAACGAGAUAGCUGGGGAAGGCGAUAAGGGUAAUGUGGGCAUUGAGAGUAGCAGGGGAGGCGGGGGAGACUCAAGCGUAGCGGGUGGGUUGAGGCCAUCAAGCGAUGAAACCGCUACUGAUACGCUACCCGUACCUCGAGCCUUCGCAGACAGUCGGCGCUCGUCUGCAGCCUCCGCCGUCUCAGCCGCCUCUCUACAUUCUGAAAACAUUCCAGACGUAGAUGAAGACAUAGCUAAGUUAAUGAAUUCACAACCGGGAGAACAACAACAACAAACGCUACACGUAGAAAAACCAGAUCCUAACAAAUUGAACUUAUCCUCACCACGGGACCGCCUUUCUAUAUCAAACUUAUCCUCUUGCGAUACUAGCUCCUGCAAAAAUCUUUUUAGACCAGAUACGGAUCGAGGUCCGUCAUAUAGCAGCAGCUUAACAGUACCAAAUUUAGUUAGCUCGAGUGAUAGUGAUAAGAGACAUACGACAGUACAGGGAGAAACUUAUGAAUCGGACCAAUUGACUAUUAUAGAUAUUGACAAACCGUAUACGGACGAUGUUCACUUCCGAGAAUUGAGCGAGAGAAUCACAUCAGCUAGUGGUGAUUGCACGCCAGAACGGAAGCUUUCUAGUGUAGAUUUGGAAGUAGAUGCGAGCAGUUCAGAGGGGUCAAACAUUAGUGAAGAUUUUAGUUUAAUAUCAGAGAUAAUUGACACUAAACCGGAGGAUCUUGUAGAAGGCGGUAUAGGGCACAUAGACUCACCUGAGAUAUCAGAUACAACAUAUGCCAACUCUGAAACAAUUCAUGGUGAAUCAAUUAUGGAUGAUAUUAGUUCUAUGCUUGGACAGGAAGUUCUUUUAGCUAUGAUGGGUAAGAAUGGCGAUAAUGAAACCUACACCGAUGAUACAACCUUGUUUACCUCGGAUACGGUUUCGGACAUUCCUAUGGAUAGCAGAAAUCCUAGUUUAGAAAGAAAAACUGAAGGUAGAAUGAAACACUUUUCCAAAAUUAAGAAGCGAAAAGAACCUGAAGUGGAAAAGUUUGGUUUCGAAAACAGAGUCUUCUACAUUGAAAACGCUCCGAAAGCCGACGAUCAAAUCAAGUAUUGCAGCUUAGCGCAGUUUGAAGAAGGAAGCGAUAUAGCUAGGAAAUCUUUUCGAAAGCAAGUUAAAAGAAGCGUCAAAAAGCGUUUAGGCGAUGAUGGUACUGUGAAACAUCUUUUGCCUAAAACUGCAGAAGAACAAACACCAAAAGAAGAUUCUCUUAUUCGAGCUUCUUCAAAACCAACAAUGCUUCUUAACGAAGAAAUAACUACUAAAGUUAAAGAUCAAGUGCCGAUGUUUCCCCAAGUUAGUGUCGUAGUUGAACCACCAUCACCAUCACAAAGUGAAGGAAAGAAGAGCCUGAAGAAUACUGAAAGUCGUAUGGCAUCGGUUCUUAAUGACAUCUUCGAGCCAGGAACUGAUACGUUAAGUGUUCAUUCUCCAGAACCAAACAUUACAAACAGUCGGGAGAGAAGGCAAUCUGAUAACCCGAAGCUUUUAGGUUCUUCAGAUCCAGAGUAUGGAAAAUUUCUCAGUUGUUCACCGGCAGCAACAAGACGGAUAUCGUGCGGCAGCCUUUUCAAGCCGGGAGAACCUGACAACAGGUUAUCCACAUCAGUAUCUUCAAUAUGGGGUGAAGGCGGCAUCAUGGGCAAUAUGGGUUCUUUGAAAUCCGAUACGACGAGUGAACGUGCCAAGAAAUUGCCAAUUAUUAAUCCUCUUGUACAACUACCCAGUUGGCCUCACGUCACACAAGGAUUUAUAAGCCAGUGCCUUUUGGCUAACGCCGACGCUUUGUGCGCUGCUGUAAGUCCACUGAUGGAUCCAGAUGAUACUCUUUUAGAAGGGUUUUAUGAGAAAGCCGUAAUGAACAACUACUUUGGAAUUGGUAUCGACGCGAAGAUAACCUUGGACUUUCAUAAUAAAAGGGAAGAACAUCCAGAGAAAUGUAGAUCCAGGGCGAGAAAUUACAUGUGGUACGGCGUGCUGGGAUCUAAGGAAUGGGUUAAUAGAACUUAUAGACAUCUUGGACAACGUGUUCAACUUGAAUGCGAUGGACAGAGGAUACCACUACCAGAACUCCAAGGCAUCGUAGUACUGAAUAUUUCGUCGUUCAUGGGAGGCACCAAUUUCUGGGGUGGAACCAGGGCUGACGAUAUAUUUCUUGCUCCUUCGUUUGAUGAUAGAAUUCUUGAGGUGGUGGCGGUGUUCGGGUCAGCGCAGAUGGCGGCGUCACGACUGAUCAACCUGCAGAAGCACCGCAUCGCGCAGUGCCGCGCCGUGCAGAUCAACAUCCUGGGCGAAGAGUGCGUGCCCGUGCAAGUGGACGGCGAGGCGUGGCUGCAGCCGCCCGGUUGCGUGCGCAUCAUACACAAGAACCGCGCGCAGAUGCUGUGCCGCUCGCGCGCGCUCGAGACCAGCCUUAGAGCGUGGGAUGAAAAGCAGCAGCAAAAGGCACAAGCGGGCAGCUCUUUGUCUCAGUCGGAAUCGGCACAAUUAUUGGCACUUCUAGACGACGUUAACACAUUAGUUAAACACGUAAAGCUGGCCUGUAUAAGCGAAGCUAGCUCGGGUGGCAGUGCGUUGAGUGCGGCGCGGCGUGUGGCUGCACGCGCCGACUCGCUGCAAGACGCAGAGGGCCGCCUGUUACCACCGCCACAGCUGCGUCGUCUGCUCGCGGCGUUGAUGCUUUUAAUGACUCUACCACAAUCAUUGGGUGGAGAGCUGCCACGAGCUGCUGGAGAGCGGCUGUGCGGGCGCCGGCGCGGCGGCUGCCGUGCGCGCGCACCUGGCACGCUGCGACACGCGCGACGGCCUCGCCUACCUGCACGCGGACGAGGUACCCACCUACUUACAUACUCUGCCGCCAUGCGCACCUGGCGCGCUACGACACGCGCGACAUCCUCGCCUACCUGCACGCGGACGAGGUACCCACCUACUUACAUACUCUGCCGCCAUGCGCACCUGGCGCGCUGCGACACACGCGACGGCCUCGCCUGCCUGCACGCGGACGAGGUACCCACCUACUUCCAUACUCUGCCGCCAUGCGCACCUGGCGCGCUGCGACACACGCGACGGCCUCGGCUACCUGCACGCGGACGAGGUGCCCACCUACCACAUACUCUGCCGCCAUGCGCACCUGGCGCGCUGCGACACACGCAACGGCCUCGCCUGCCUUGCACGCGGACGAGGUACCCACCUACUUACAUACUCUGCCGCCAUGCGCACCUGGCGCGCUGCGACACACGCAACGGCCUCGCCUACCUGCACGCGGACGAGGUACCCACCUACUUACAUACUCUGCCGCCAUGCGCACCUGGGCGCUGCGACACACGCGACAGCCUCGCCUACCUGCACGCGAACGAGGUACCCACCUACUUACAUACUCUGUCGCCACGCGCACCUGGCGCGCUGCGACACACGCGACGGCCUCGCCUGCCUGCACGCGGACGAGGUACCCACCUACUUACAUACUCUGCCGCCAUGCGCACCUGGCGCGCUGCGACACACGCAACGGCCUCGCCUACCUGCACGCGGACGAGGUACCCACCUACUUACAUAAUCUGCCGCCAUGCGCACCUGGGCGCUGCGACGACACGCGACAGCCUCGCCUACCUGCACGCGAACAAGGUACCCACCUACUUACAUACUCUGUCGCCAUGCGCACCUGGCGCGCUGCGACACACGCGACGGCCUCGCCUGCCUGCACGCGGACGAGGUACCCACCUACUUACAUACUCUGCCGCCAUGCGCACCUGGCGCGCUGCGACACACGCAACGGCCUCGCCUACCUGCACGCGGACGAGGUACCCACCUACUUACAUACUCUGCCGCCAUGCGCACCUGGCGCGCUGCGACACACGCGACGGCCUCGCCUACCUGCACGCGGACGAGGUACCCACCUACUUACAUACUCUGCCGCCAUGCGUACCUGGCGCGCUGCGACACACGCGACGGCUUCGCCUACCUGCACGCGGACGAGGUACCCACCUACUUGCAUACUCUGUCGCCAUGCGCCAUGGCGCGCUGCGACACACGCGACGGCCUCGCUACCUGCACGCGGACGAGGUACCCACCUACUUACAUACUCUGCCACCAUGCGUACCUGGCGCACUGCGAUACACGCGACGGCCUCGCCUACCUGAACGCGGACGAGGUACCCACCUACUUACAUACUCUGCCACCAUGCGUACCUGGCGCACUGCGACACAUGCGACGGCCUCGCCUACCUGCACGCGGACGAGGUACCCACCUACUUACAUACUCUGCCGCCAUGCGUCCAUGGCGCGCUGCGACACACGCGACGGCCUCCCUACCUGCACGCGGACGAGGUACCCACCUACUUACAUACUCUGCCACCAUGCGCACCUGGCGCACUGCGACACACGCGACGGCCUCGCCUACCUGAACGCGGACGAGGUACCCACCUACUUACAUACUCUGCCACCAUGCGUACCUGGCGCACUGCGACACACGCGACGGCCUCGCCUACCUGCACGCGGACGAGGUACCCACCUACUUACAUACUCUGCCACCAUGCGUACCUGGCGCACUGCGAUACACGCGACGGCCUCGCCUACCUGCACGCGGACGAGGUACCCACCUACUUACAUACUCUGUCACCAUGCGCACCUGGCGCACUGCGACACACGCGACGGCCUCGCCUACCUGCACGCGGACGAGGUCCCAAAGAGGGGCGCGGGACGCUGGCUCCGCGGACGCAGAAGUGUCUCCGAGGGAAGCAGUACUUCGUUCACCGCGGCGCAAGUUCGCAACUGGGGCGUCAAGGAAGUCCAAACUUGGCUCGAGUCGAUGCAACUUGGCGAAUACUCCGAAGUUUUCGCUAAGCAUGACGUCACGGGAAGGGAGCUCCUAUCGCUGGCAAGACGUGAUCUUAGAGACCUGGGCAUCACAAAGGUGGGGCAUAUUAAGAGGAUAUUACAAGGUGUUAAGGACUUGCAGUGA